AUGAAGCGGGAGAUAGCUGGCAAGCAACAUGAAGAGGACACCGUCGAGACUGUGGCGACAGCAAUUGCGGGUGUAAGGAAGGCGUAUCAAGAGGACAAGCUAGAGGACGUAUUGACUUGGGCAAAGAUUCACUGGGAGGAAGUGGGCGAGAGGCAGAAGAAGUUCGAGCCCGAGAAGGAUAGGACGAGGCUGUCAUCGCAGUGA